AUGCUUGGUUCUGGACCUGGAACCUCAGGGGUGCAGGUGGGCAGAACUUUAUCAUCAAAUAUGAUUCUAACAAAGACAGAUCCAUGCUCCACAAACUCACAUGUAUUCACUGGACAAGUCAACCCUCUUGUGGUCAAGAAGACUGAUGUGGAGGCAAUCUUCUCCAUGGGUUGCUCUGUCCAAGGCUUUGCCUUGGUCCAGUAUGUUAAUGAGAGAAACGCCCUGGCUGCUGUAGCAGGAGAGGAUGACAGAAUGAUUAUUGGUCAGACUUUAGAUACUAUUCUGACUGCAGAGCCAAAAGUGAACAGAGGAAAAGCAGGUGUGAAACAAUCUGCAGUGGAUAUGUAUGGCUCCUCUUUUGACAUGGAGUAUGACUUUCAAUGGGAGUAUUAUGAUAGGAUACAGUCACCCAGCGAGCAUUGUUCCUCCUCCUCCUCUAUUGCUAGGGGUCUAGUGCCUUCUAAAUGCCAGCAUGUAUCGAGAAACAUGCUGGGCAAAAGUGGCUUCAAUUUUAAGAGUGGACAGCAGGGAUCUUCUUCCAAGUCUGGUCAGUUAAAAGGAGAUGACCUUCAGGCCAUUAAGAAGGAGAUGACCCAGAUAAAAUGUGAAUUUUCUACUGGAAAGCCUGGGAAAAAAAUUGAAAAAGAACAGAGCAAACAAGCAGCAGAAAUUAAGAACGCUAAGUCAGAAGAGAAGCAGAACAGCUGCUCCCUGAAGAAAGAUGAGCCUGUGUUUUUGCUGAAACCACAAGCAUAG